UUAAACUUCUAAUAUGGAAAAAGAAAUAUUUGACUGCUUCCACUGCAAGGAGUCCUUGUAUGGAAAGAAAUAUACUUUGAAGGAUGACAUUCCAUAUUGUAUUAAAUGCUUUAACAGCCUUUUUGCAAACCUCUGUGAAAGAUGCAAAAAACCUAUUGAAUGUAAUUCUAAGGACCUUGCAUAUAAAGACAGCCACUGGCAUGAAACAUGUUUCAAAUGCGACAAGUGUGACCAUUCUCUGGUGGAGAAACCCUUUGCUGCCAAAGAUGAGCUAUUACUGUGCAUCGAGUGUUACUCUACUGAAUACUCCUCAAAGUGUUUUGGCUGCAGAGCUACCAUAAUGCCUGGAUCACGCAAAAUGGAGUAUAAUGGCAGUAACUGGCAUGAAACCUGUUUUGUUUGCCAAAGUUGCAGAGAGCCAGUAGGAAAUAAGCCAUUUAUCCCCAAGGAGUCCAAGAUAUACUGCAUGCCAUGCUAUGAGAAACAAUUUGCUAACCAGUGCAAGUCUUGUCGAAAGGCAAUCACCAAAGGUGGACUUUCUUUCCAAGAGCAGCAGUGGCACAGAGAGUGCUUUGUCUGCACAAGCUGCAAAAAAAACCUGGUCGGAGAAAAAUCUACUUCUAGAGAUGAAUCUCCAUACUGUGUGGACUGCUUUGAUAAUCUGUAUGCCAAAAAAUGUGCUGCUUGUGCAAAGCCUAUUACUGGGCAAGGUGGAGCCAAGUACAUCUCUUUUGAAGACCGUCAGUGGCACAGCGAUUGUUUCACCUGCGCCAAAUGCUCCAAAUCACUUGUUGGAGAGAAAUUCCAUACUAAUGAGGAUGAUGUACUGUGUCCUUCCUGUGGGUUGGCCAUAAAAAUGUGAAUUGUCUUCUCUUUCAUUGUUCACUUUAUUCUCUGAUAUCUUAUAUUCAUUACUACUUCAAUUCUUGUAACCUCAGGCACAUUUUUUUAUCGUUUAUUCUUUCAGAUAUUUGGCAGGCCUGACAUUUUUAUAAAAAUGCUAUGAAAAAGUAAUGGUACCUUUUAGUAGUAUAUUAUCUUGGCUGGAAUAGGACCUUCCAAUAUAAGAAGCAGUAAAUAUGUCAAUGCUUGAAGUUAGAACUUAAAACCUGGGAAGGUGGCUGCAGUCCAGUGACUCAGUAGAUGGGUUUAUUUAUGAGGCUGCCAAAUUUAUACAAGCAAGUAAUAAUCUUCAUUGACAACAAACACAUAGCUGGGGUUUAAACAUAUAGGAAGCAGACCCUGUCACCGCUUGGGACCCAGGUGAGUAGGGGGUCUGGUAGGAAUUUUCAAUUAACUUUUGAGAAACAGCUAAUCUUUCUAAAGUUUUGGGGGGAGUAUUUGAUGUUGGUCCAACAUAUGCAAAUAAAAAUACUAAGCAAUUAAUACAGCUCUUCUCUUAUCCUAAUGCCGGCCAAAACACAGAUAGGCAGCUACUCUCUUGAAUACAACGCUGUCUGCAUUUAGAAGUUGUCUAAUAAAGAAGGGCAGACAAGCACAUAGGUAUCCCUCCUCCGACCCCCUAACUUGUGGUAGAGGCACAAGGAGGAAGAGGAUGCAGCUUGCAUCAGAGCCAUAUCCCAAGUACAGGAAUGGCCUGCUCCCCCUGAUACAGUGGUCUGCACCUCAAAGGGAUGUGCUCUUGUGCCCCAGUCUGUAGUAAAUGUCAAAUACUUUUUGUAAAGAGACUGUCACCUUUAGAGCUAUUGCUGUCUUACAGUCAUAGCCAUGGAAAUCCUUGAAGAUUUUGGUAUUUCACUUUUCUUAUUUGUGAUUAAUAAAAAAUCUGUGAUGCUGUU